CUCAAACUCGUUUCAAUAAUUUCGGAUUCUUCCUCUGUUCUUGUUCUGCCCUUUUCCAACUUUUACCUCCUCGUGAAUACGGUUUCAUAAACCCUAAACCUCAAAGGCUGAUUUAUUGAUUUUGAGAUCAAAAGGAGCUGGUUAAAGGAUGGACGAUGCUAUGGACAUGAGUUCAGGUAGUGAUGAAGAAGUACAAGAAGAGGAGACCACCGUUAACGAGAGGGUCAUCUAUCAGGCUGCAUUACAAGAUCUGAAACAACCAAAGACCGAAAAGGAUCUACCUCCUGGUGUUCUUACAGUUCCUCUUAUGAGGCAUCAGAAAAUUGCAUUGGAAUGGAUGCGUAAGAAAGAAAAAAGAAGCAGGCAUUGUUUGGGAGGGAUAUUAGCAGAUGAUCAGGGACUUGGUAAAACAAUCUCUACCAUCUCUCUUAUUCUAUUACAAAAGUUGAAGUCACAAUCAAAGCAGAAAAAACGAAAAAGUCGAAAAUUUGGUGGUACAUUAAUUGUUUGUCCAGCAAGUGUUGUUAAGCAAUGGGCAAGAGAAGUUAAAGAGAAGGUUUCUGAUGAACACAAGCUCUCUGUUUUAGUCUACCAUGGAUCUCGCAGAACCAAAGAUCCUAAAGAAUUAGCAAAACAUGAUGUCGUCGUGACAACUUACGCUAUUGUUACAAAUGAAGUUCCACAAAACCCUCUGCUGAAUCUUUAUGAUAGUAGGAGUAACAAGAGAGGCAGAGAAAGCUUUGAAGGAUCUAGUCUGAUUCAGUCUCACGUUGGUGCACUAGGAAGAGUUAGGUGGUUGAGAGUAGUAUUAGAUGAAGCUCAUACAAUUAAAAACCAUAGAACCUUAAUUGCAAAAGCUUGUUUCAGCCUUAGAGCCAAAAGGAGAUGGUGUUUGACUGGAACGCCGAUACAGAACAAAGUAGACGAUCUUUAUAGCUAUUUCAGGUUUCUUAGAUAUCAUCCAUAUGCCAUGUGCAAUUCAUUUCACGAAAGAAUCAAGGCUCCAAUUACUAAAAGCCCUCUUUAUGGUUACAAGAAGCUUCAAGCUAUUCUAAGGGGUAUAAUGUUACGCCGCACCAAAGGAACAUUACUUGAUGGACUACCUAUAAUUAAUCUACCACCAAAGCAAGUUAAUUUGAGCAAAGUGGACCUUUCAGUAGUAGAAUGGUCUUUCUACAGGAAGCUUGAAUUGUAUUCACGUUUGAAGUUCGAGGAAUAUGCUGCUGAUGGGACUUUGCAUGAACACAUGGCUUAUCUUUUGCUGAUGCUUUUGCGACUACGCCAAGCUUGUAACCAUCCACAACUUGUUAAAGGAUAUAGUCACUCAGAUACUAUUGAAGAAAUGUCAGAUGAAGUUAUAGUAGCACCUAGAGAGGAUUUUAUCAUGUUCCUCGAUCUCUUGAAAUUAUCCUCUACCAUCUGCUCUGUUUGUAGUGAUCCACCAAAAGACCCUGUUGUUACUUUAUGUGGCCAUGUGUUUUGCUAUGAGUGUGUGUCUGGAAACAUUAAUGGGGAUGACAAAACGUGCCCUGCACUUAAUUGCAGCAACGAGCUUAAACAUGAUGUUGUUUUCACAGAAUCUGCAGUUAGAAGCUGCAUCAACGAUUAUGAUGAUCCUCAAGAUAAAAAUGCUUUAGUUAUGCUUCAAGGCGACUUUAUUUCAUCGAAAAUCAAAGCUGUGAUAGAGCUUCUUCAGUCGCUUGCACAGCAAGGCAGUCCAGACACUCCACCAAUAAAGACAAUAGUGUUCUCUCAGUGGACUGGUAUGCUUGACUUUGUUGAGCAUUCUUUUCUCCAAAACCGUAUAAAUUUCAGAAGAUUAGAUGGUACAAUGUCUCUAGUAACAAGAGAUAUAGCUGUAAAAGAAUUCAACAAUGAUCCAGAUGUGCAAGUGAUGCUGAUGUCUCUUAAAGCUGGAAACCUUGGAUUGAAUAUGGUAGCUGCAUGUCAUGUUAUUCUAUUGGACCUUUGGUGGAAUCCAACAACUGAAGAUCAAGCUAUUGAUCGAGCUCAUCGUAUCGGACAAACUCGGACUGUUACAGUUACUCGUAUUGCCAUCAAAAAUACCGUUGAGGAACGAAUUUUGACUCUUCAGGAACGUAAGAGGAACAUUGUUGCAUCUGCAUUGGGUGAAAAACAUGGUAAAAGUUCUGCGAUUCAACUAACACUAGAAGAUCUUGAAUAUCUAUUUGGUGUGUAGAAUAUAUCGGAGAUUGUGUGCCCCAAAGAGUUUUUGUUAAGAGGAAUAAAAUCUCUAGCUAUUUUAUAAGUCACUAAGUGAAUGUAGUUAUAUGACAUUUUCACAUGUUGGUUAGAUUUUCUAGUAAUG